UCCCAAAGUGCUGGGAUUGCAGGCGUGAGCCACCGCGCCUGGCCAACAUAUAGUUUUAAAGGAAACUUUGUGCAACUGGGAAGGAAACCAGGUGAAUGCAGAAUCACAGAUGCCAAAGGAAGAGCAAAUUCUAUAGUGGCAACAGUGAUUGGGAAUGUCAGGCCCUAAAGAGAACCUGAGUAGCAUGAAGCAUGAGGGACUGUGUAUGCCACAUGGUGACUGCAUAGAAAGCUGUUUCAGGGCUACCAAGGAGCAGAACCAUUGAGAAGGUAAAGUAGGAGAGAGAUGCAUAGAAUCGUAGCUUGAGGGACAAGGGAAGGUGUUUUAUUAGGAUAAUAGAAGCCUAAAUACGUUUGCAGGUUGGAGGCAAGGAGCCAGUAAAACGGAUUAAAACUGAAGAAUUAACAAGGAUUAAUUAAUCAAUCAAGACCUCCAGAGCACUGGUUGUCAACCCUUUCUUGACAUAAAACUCACCUAGGACCCUUAUUAUAAUACUAACCCCUGCUCUUGAUUCUGAUCAGGAUUAUUGACUAGUUUUCCCAGGUGAUUCAAAUCUGUAUCUAGGUAUGAGAGUCACUGACGUAGAAGAACUGGACAUUGGAUUAAGACCACUAUAGAUGGUUAUUUUGCAAUGACAAAGGCUCUCUUUUUCCUCUGAGAUGAGGGUAGUAUAGUACUGGGGUGGAGGAGUAAGAAAAGGAUGAAUUAAUAGCAGAAACAUUUAGAAAGACUUUGAAAGAACUCUUGAUGAAUGGCUUCAAACCGAGAAAGCAGAAGGUGAGAUGCUUACAUUAAGGGUGCAAAAGUAAGAUUGGGCCAUGAAAGAAAUUUAAAGCAUUCCAAAUAACUAUUAAGAUUUCCACAGAGAUAAACAAACUGUCCAAUUACUGCUUUAUUCUCUCUACCCUUAUUAGUUGGCCAUGCCUUUAUAAAGAAAGGGCAUUACUGUGUUUCCUGUUACUCUUAUGAAAAAGUGAAAAAGAAAUAUUAUAAUUGGGGAAGAGCUAGAACAAUAGUAACGUUAAUAUAGCCUUAGUGAAGACUUUAAAUAAGGGGAUCAACAAUAAGGAAAUCUAAGCAGUGCAUUGAGAUCUCUGUGAAAUCACUGAGAAUUCAUCCUUGAUGGGAUCUUGGAGAUUAUCUCACCCACCUCCUCCCAUUUAAAUUAUGAGUAAACUAGGAUUCAGGGAGAUUCUGUGAUUUGACCAUCAUCAAACAGCAAGUUAGCAACACCAAGAGACGCUGAAAUGAAGCCUUGGAGCCCCACACCAGUGCCUUCAGCUCCUGCACACACUUGGCCUCCUGACCUCUGUCAUGAGGUUCCUGGUUAGAAAUGGCUGUCGUUCUUUUGGGAGGAUUAAUAAGAAAAUCUGUAUGUUGCUUUUAGCCCUUCACAAGAGAGAGAAAAAAAAAUAUGUUCGAUUUCUUCUUUAUUGCUGUUAUUACGUGAACCAGAUUGAAUUGCUGCAUCUCUGAAGAGUUUCUUAUGACUAGUGUGAAGUGUCCCAUUUUAACCCACGUCAAUUUUAAAUUGCCCAUAGAAUACACAGAUAACUGACUGUAAUAAUUCAGUUGCCACACUCAAUACAUUGUUUGAAAUCCAAUGAAAGGCAAAAGGAAAACUUCCAGUCCUACAGAAUCAGCAGGAUAGAUCCUGCAAGCUGUAACAGGACUUAUUUGAAUUAAUUAAAAAGGAGCUGGGUGUGUAGUAACAAGAUCAGUGGGUCUCCUCUGCGUGGCUACAAUACAAGGGUAGGAACUGCAAUCCUCUGGGCCUGGGGUUUUUUAAAUCUGUAAAACAAGAUGAAUAAGCUAGAACACUUCUUCCAGAAUUAAGUCUCUCUCAUUUUUGUCUGUAUUUUAAUUUUUUCAUCCCUCCACCAAUAUUUCUAAAAUAGUUAAAAUCAAACUAUGAAGACUAUUUCAAGGAUCAUAGUUGCAGGUUUUUUAAAUUACAAAUAAAUUUAUGGCUCAAUUUCAGGUUCCUUAUCUGUAAAAUAGAGGAGCAUUGGUGUAAAUACUCUAAACUCAGCUCUGUGCUUCAGUGGGCUUUUCACUACCUUUAGUUAGUUGCACUAGGCUGGUUGCUAUUUACUUUGCAUGGUUGACUGCUCUCUUCCCACAUUGUGUGCCAGGAAGGGCACUGCACCUUGGUACAAACACUGCUGGGCACCUUUCUGUUUUCCUUCUUUGCUUCAUCCUAUACAAGUAUGCAGUACACUCUUGGGUUGUUUCAUGAGCCCUGGGGGCACGUUGGAAGGAACUGAGAGAAAGAGCAACAAAGCGGCGAGUGGUGUGACAGGGCAGCAUGCACUGUGGGUCUUUUUGCCAUUCCUCCAGGACAUCCAACGUAAGGAAAGGAGACCCUGGACCAACAUUCUCUAAGAUGUUUAUAUGGACCAGUGGCCGGACCUCUUCAUCUUAUAGACAUGAUGAAAAAAGAAAUAUUUACCAGAAAAUCAGAGACCAUGACCUCCUGGACAAAAGGAAAACAGUCACAGCACUGAAGGCAGGAGAGGACCGAGCCAUUCUCCUGGGACUGGCCAUGAUGGUGUGCUCCAUCAUGAUGUACUUUCUGCUGGGAAUCACACUCCUGCGCUCAUACAUGCAGAGCGUGUGGACCGAAGAGUCUCAAUGCACCUUGCUGAAUGCAUCCAUCACGGAAACAUUUAAUUGCUCCUUCAGCUGCGGUCCAGACUGCUGGAAACUUUCUCAGUACCCCUGCCUCCAGGUGUACGUUAACCUGACUUCUUCCGGGGAAAAGCUCCUCCUCUACCACACAGAAGAGACGAUAAAAAUCAAUCAAAAGUGCUCCUAUAUACCUAAGUGUGGAAAAAAUUUUGAAGAAUCCAUGUCCCUGGUGAAUGUUGUCAUGGAAAACUUCAGGAAGUAUCAACACUUUUCCUGCUAUUCUGAUCCAGAAGGAAACCAGAAGAGCGUUAUCCUAACCAAACUCUACAGUUCCAACGUGCUGUUCCAUUCACUCUUCUGGCCAACCUGUAUGAUGGCUGGAGGUGUGGCAAUUGUUGCCAUGGUGAAACUCACACAGUACCUCUCCCUACUCUGUGAGAGGAUCCAACGGAUCAAUAGAUAAAUACAAAAGUGGAUAAAAUAAUUUCUGUUAAAGCUCAAAUACUGUUUUCUUCCAUUCUUCACCAAAGAACCUUAAGUUUGUAAUGUGCAGUCUGUUAUGAGUUCCCUAAUAUAUUCUUAUAUGUAGAGCAAUAAUGCAAAAGCUGUUCUAUAUGCAAACAUAAUGUCUUUAUUAUUCAAGAGAAUAAAUAACUGUUUUGUGUUGGUUGGUGGUUUUCAUAAUCUCAUUUCUGUACUGGAACUAGUACUUUCUUCUCUCAUUCUGCCAAAAUAGGGCUCAGUUAUUCAUUUGCCAAGCUUUGUGGAGGAAUGUAGGUGACAUCAAUGUGAAAAAGUCUGUGUUCUGAGUUGUCAGAUCUCUUGAAGACAAUAUUUUUCAUCACUCAUUGUUUACUAAAGCUACAGCCAAAAAUAUUUUUCUUUUCUUAUUCUAAACUGAGCCCUAUAGCAAGAGAAAGGACCAGACUUCCUAAUUAAAGGAAGUUAGGUACUUUCCUUGUAUUUUUUACCAUAUCACUGUAAAGAAGAGGGGAAACCCAACCAGCUACUUUUUUUCAUCACUUUUUAUUCAUAACUUCAGAUUUUUAAAACUAAUUUCCAAAAUACAAGCUGUUUUCAUUAGCCAAUUCUAUAAUAUCUUCCUGUGACUUAUGUAGAAAAUGAACAGACCCCUUUUCCAUUUAAGACCCUUCUACUGUGUGAAGAGAUGAUACCUACAAGGAGUAUCAUUACCUUUGAGUUGACUGAAUGUUGGUAGGUGCUCCAUUACAAUUCAGAAAAGCCUGUGUUACUGAUACUUGUGUGGAAAUCUUUAUUUCAUUUCAAUUUACCUGUUAGAUGGUAAAAUUAAGAUGCUACUUGCUGGUAAAAAUUGGUGGACCGGUUUCAAUGGGUAAAUCUGUUGUAGCAAAUUAACGUGUUGGAAUAUUGCUCUUUGGGAAUUUGUGUUUAAGUUAAUGAAUGUGUAGUAUCUCCUUCUGACAAGUGUUCCCUAUUGGAAUUUUAAAGCUAUGUGCACAGAAUACUAGUCUCUUCUACAUGUUUUAUUUUUCUAUUUACAACUCCCUUUUUUGUUGUUAUAUUUUAUACACAGAAUAGAUCUUUUUUCUAACACAUAUUUGAACUGAAUAACAGACUUAAAGAAAGCCUUUGUUCACAUUACUAUUUACUUAUUGUGUUUGGGGGAAAAUAUGAGGGAUUGAUUUUAAAUAAAAAGCAUUCCAUCUUUCAUUUAAUAUCAAUAUCAAAAGAAGAAGACAAACAUUUAUCUUUCUCAUCUAUAUUUAAGUACCUUUUUGUAAUGUAGUAUCAAAGUAUUUUAGGUAUUGCAAAAUUUUACAAAUCAUUUGUGGAAUGAAUGGUAAAACUAAUCUGAUGAAGUGGAAAAUUAUUCUGCAAUAUUGUAAUUCAUAGUUUGACUUUUCAUAAGCAAAUAAAUCCUUAGGAUGUAAUCAGGACUUCAAAUGUGUAAUUAAAAUUUCUUUUAAAAAAUCUA